GCUAGGCUCAGAUGAGACUGCAGCUGAUAGAUAGUGUUGUAGUGAUGUAAUAGCCUGUUUUGUGACUACGGAUGGCUGUUUGUGCCAGGCUCUGCGGAGUGGGUCAGUCRCGGAGCUGCCGGAGACGACAGCGGAGCAACCAGCAGGACACGGGAGGGAGCGACUCCGACAUGGACGAGGAAGAAGGAGAGCAGCAGAUCGUGGGCACGCGGAAAAGCGACGCAGGCGGCCGCCGCGGAGGCCCGGGGGGCGUCGUCACCACUGCAGGGCCGAGUGACGCUUGCGAAUAUGGCAGCGGUCAUCUCAACAGAAGGGGAGGCGGUCGGGAUCGAACCGGCCCCGGACCSCUACACCCCGAGUCGCUGACGGAACUACCUCCGGAGCUUUUAGUGGAAAUAUUCUCCCUGCUUCCAGGGACAGUCCUGCCGAAUGUUGCACUCGUAUGCAGGAAAUUUAGACAAAUCCUCAACACGGAAACCAUCUGGAGAAGGCGAUGUAUGGAGGAGUUCGGCAUGAACGAGGAUCUGAGGAAGAUGGAAGCAGGAGGAGUUUCCAGCCAAGACCUCUACGUCAAACUYCUUCACCCAUACAGGCAUAUUUUGGGCCUGUGGCAGCCUGACAUAGGCCCUUAUGGUGGAUUGCUCAAUGUUGUGGUGGAUGGGUUGUUCAUCAUUGGCUGGAUGUAUCUGCCACCUCACGAUCCCCGUGUGGAAGAUCCCAUGAGAAGGCGACCACUCUUUCGUAUCCACUUGUUGGACAACAAAAAGGCCACUGUGGAGUGUAUGUAUGGACACAGGGGUCCCCACAAAGGAGAUAUCCAGACGGUAAAGAAGGAUGAAUUUUCGACAAAAUGUAAUCAGACUGAUUAUCACCGGAUGCCAGGAGGCAGACAGGAGGAAUUUAGAAAUUGGUUGGAGGAAGAGUGGGGGCGUACACUGGAAGAAAUCUUCCACGAACACAUGCAGGAGCUCAUCCUGAUGAAGUUUAUWUAUACUAGUCAAUAUGAUAACUGUUUGACGUACCGGCGGAUUUACCUUCCUCCUGCGAUGCCCUCGGAUCUACUGGAGCCAGGCUUAUUUAAAGGCACAUAUGGUAGUCACGGCCUGGAGAUCGUCAUGCUCAGUUUCCAUGAGACUUCCGCAAGAGCCACUAAACUCACUGGAGACCCGAAUGUUCCUGCAGGGCAGCUCACACUGGAUAUAGACCUGAGUCGACCCGUGGUCCUCCCGGACUUGGAGCAACAGCGCAAAAUUGAAGAGCUGUCCCGGAUCGUGAUGAGGGUACACGAUGAAGUACAGAGGGAGGCGGAGCAGCAGGACGACGGCGCCUCCUCGACAGACGGGUGCGCGGCGGAGGGAGCCUGCGGGGGCGCAAGUGAAGCAGAAGCGAUGGAGGAAGACCACGGUGCCUCUCCGGACAGCUGCCAGUCGGGCUCCAGCGGGAGGAACAACUCCUCUGAAGCGCUGCCCUUCGUCCUGCCUCUGGGGGUCAUGGCUCGCAAUGAGGUGUACCCUCGCACCUGCAGGAAAUGCUUCUAUGGAACUGGCCUGAUUGCUGGGCAUGGCUUCACGAGUCCAGAGCGCACCCCGGGGCUCUUUGUGAUGUUCGACGAGGACCGUUUUGGUUUCAUCUGGCUGGAGUUGAAGUCUUUCAGUCUGUACAGUCGGCUGACGGACCGCCUAGAACACGCUCACGCGCCGAGCAUGGAGCGAUUUGAGGCCAUGCUGCGCAACAUGCAGUCUUGGACAUCCUGAUACAUUAAGCUUUAAGCCUCCACCUACAUUGCAAGGCAAAGUAACCAAUUACAUGUGAAUCACCUCUGCUAAUAUCUCAUGACCUUAACUCUCCAGGUUCUGUAUGUGAAAGGUUUUCAUUUGAUUGUGCAACCUCCCCUUUUCUCCCUGAUCUCGCACACUUUGACCACUUCAGCCUGAUGUGACCUUCAUCCUCUAGUGCAGCAUGAUAACGGGUCAUAAAAGAAUUUAUUUAUUCCCUGCAGGGAAAAAAAAGCAACAGUAUCACUUGUCACUUGUUAAAGAGCAAACUGUAUGUGCCUGUGAUUCCAAAAGUCUGUACUCAACAGUGCUUAAAGCAGAACGAGGGUGUCUAAUGUAUUCUGCUAUAUAAGGGUAUUAUACCGAUUUUAGUGCCCAACAUGUUCAAGUGCAUGCUGCAUUUAUUUAUUUAUUCGUAUUGCACUCAUAACCACUAUCUGAACAGGUUUGUUUUAAUUAAGCAGCAUGCCUUGCUUUUCUGUUUUUUUGUCUUUUGUUUUUGGCUGUAGAGACAUUAAAAAGGACAUCUCAGGUGCUUUUCUUGGCUACAAAGCGGGACAACAGUACACAUACAACAAAAAUUUACAUCGAAUAUAUUUGACAGAGAAUUUUACUGGUCAGUUUUUCUAACUUUCUGAGCUGCCAUCUCAUCUAACACUGCAGUUACAUCACUUUGCUGACCUGACCAAUAUAUUUUUGCCCUUUGAACUAAAGAGUUAUCUUUUGCAGUGAUAUAGCAUUUAAUAUCACCACACCCAGUAUAUUUGAGCCUAUUAUGUAAGAUGCAAAGAUGUGCUCAAAUGCAGUAGAAAGAAGUAACAUUUACAAAAGUUGUGAUUAAUCAAAGUACCAAAACAUUUGCUUCUGUCAAAAUUUCUCUCAUGUUUAGUGGGUUUGUUGUUCCUUUUAAUGCCUGACACAGUGUUUGCCUGGCUUUAGUCCUGCAAAGCUUUUACCUCCACUUUCCCCGCAAUGAAUCCCAUCCUGUGACAAGGCGAGCAGAUCAUUAUUCAAACCAACGGCUCAAAGUGCAUCUCCAAGUUUCGAGUAAAUGUCUGUAUGUCUCAUUACGGCCUGAUGGUAACGCCCGGUAGCUUUUCUACUCCAAGUGCACUUUUCUGGGCAGUUUAUAAAAUCGUUCACGAAUCAGUGGCCAGCCCUUCUCUUUGGUUUUUACCCAGACUUGCCGUUUUUCUAACAUUUGCAAAACGAAGUGUCUGCUAAAGCGUCCUUGAUUUGUCACUUUUCAUUCACUUCAUCUCAACCUCUUUAUUUAUAUUCCUCCUGUAAACCCAGCUUUUGGAAUAACUUGCCUUUGAAGUGUUGCUUUGUAUUGUUAUUAUAAAUGCUAUAUACAGCUGACUUUAUGGAAAAUGUAAUUUUGAACUUUUGAACUGCUCACAUCAGACUUCAGGGAGCUUUUCAGCUUAAGCACUCUUCUCAGUAAUAAAAGCGAGAAAAUCAAAAGAAAUCCUUUUGACAGUUUAUUUUUGAUGUGUUUCACAUUAUCAUACCAGAAAUGUUGAGGAUCAUAAAGAAUUAUAUUUUUCACAGCUACUUUACUUCAGCGCCACUGUUUAAGUGAUUAUAUUAAAAUAAAAUGUUGAAAACAUACAUACAUAAACAAUCUGUCACUAAACCACCCUGUUCAGUGUGUUUGUGCUUUAGGUUUUGUCAGACUGUAGCCAAAACAACUAAUUCAAGAAUUCAAAUAACACAAUUUAACAAAUGUUCUCAUAUUAAUAUUGAAAUAAAAACAGCAGUGCCUGAA